ACUGAGAAGUAGUCGAGGAUGAAGACUCUCAACAAGCUUAUGUUAGUCACUUGCGCCACUUUCUCUAUUAUACAUCUUGUUAUGUCUCAAAAUCAACAAGGUUUUAUCAGUUUGGAUUGUGGAUUACCUUCUAACGAGCCUCCUUAUAACGAACAAUUCACCAACUUAACAUACAUAUCUGAUGCCAAUUUCAUCCAAGGAGGAAAAACUGGUUAUAUCCAAAAUAACUCAGAGACAGUCUCUGUCUCAAAGCCAAACAGGGUUUUGAGAUACUUUCCUGAUGGAAUAAGAAACUGCUAUAGUCUAAGUGUCACACAGGACACCAAGUAUCUAAUCAGAACCGUGUUUGUAUACGGCAACUACGACGGUCUAAACAGUCCUCCACGAUUUGACCUUUAUCUUGGUCCUAAUAUUUGGACAUCCUUAGAUCUUAAAACUUCGGGUUUAAGUGAGACUGAAGAGAUCAUUCACAUCACAAGAUCUAACAGUUUAGAUAUAUGUGUUGUUAAGACAGGGACAAGUACACCACUGAUAUCAGUCAUAGAACUAAGACCCUUGCCGUAUCAUACUUAUACUACUCGAACUGGUUCCUUGAGGACUUUAGCGCACCUCUACUUCAGCUAUUCAGACAAAAUUAUAAGUUAUCCCAAGGAUGUAUAUGAUCGUAUUUGGGAACCAUAUUUCCUACUGGAGUGGACUCAAAUAACCACAACACUGAAUGUAACUGACUCUUCUAAUGGCUAUGCCCCACCACGAGAUGCAAUUACCACCGCCGCCAUACCGACUAAUGCCAGUGAGCCUUUAACUAUUAUCUGGAGUUUGGAAACCUCCGAUGAUGAAACGUAUGGUUACCUUUACUUCGCCGAGAUCCAACAACUGCGGGCCAAUGAAACUAGAGAAUUUAAAAUUGUGGCGAAUGGUAGAGUUGACUACGAUUCUUAUAGUCCUAUGAACUUUGAAGCAGACACUGUAUUCAACCACGUAUCGCUUAAAUGUGAAGGAGCUGUAUGUCGUUUACAGCUGCUCAGAACACCCAAGUCAACUCUUCCACCUCAAAUGAAUGCCAUGGAGAUUUUUAGCGCCAUAUAUUUUCCACAAUCAGAGACAAGUACAGAUGAUGUUAUUGCCAUCAAAAACAUCCAAUCUACUUAUAAUUUAAGUAGAACCAGCUGGCAGGGCGAUCCAUGCGUCCCAAAACAAUUCUCGUGGAUUGGUUUAAGCUGCAACGUUAUGGAUACCUCCACACCACCAAGAAUCAUAACACUAGAUCUGUCUGAAAGUGGAUUAACUGGAAUGAUAUCGCCUAGCAUACAAAAUCUAAGCCAGCUUCAAGAACUGGAUUUAUCGAAUAAUAAUUUGACUGGAGAAGUGCCCGAGUUUCUAGCCAAAAUGACAUCCUUAUUGGUCAUAAACUUAAGUGGAAACAAUCUUAGAGGUUCUGUUCCUCAAUCCCUUCACAAUAGAAAAAAGGAUGGAUUAAAGCUAUCUGUUGAUGCAAAUAUUAAGCAAUGUGGGUCAUGCAAACCAAGAUCCUGGGUGGUGGUGAUAGUUGUAUCUGUUUCUUGUGUGGCCAUUAUCAUAAUCGUCUUGGUUCUCAUCUUCUUUUUCAGAAAGAGAAAGAGAUCAAGUUGCAAAGUUACACGUCCAUCCCUCGAAAUGAAAAACAGAAGAUUUACUUAUUCAGAAGUCAAAGAAAUGACUAAUAACUUUCAAGUUGUUCUUGGUAAAGGAGGCUUUGGUGUUGUUUGUCAUGGUUAUCUAAAUAAUGAACACGUAGCAGUCAAAGUUCUAUCUCAGUCAUCAACUCAAGGCUAUAACGAAUUCAAAACUGAGGUCGACCUACUGCUAAGAGUUCACCACGUAAAUCUAGUAAGCCUCAUUGGAUACUGUGAUGAAGGAAAUGAUUUGGCUCUCAUAUACGAGUACAUGGGAAAUGGAAAUUUAAAAGAACAUCUCUCAGGAAAACGUACAGGCUCUGUUUUGAAUUGGUCGAAUAGACUUAAAAUAGCUACCGAGUCUGCAUUAGGAAUUGAAUAUUUGCAUAUUGGAUGUAAGCCGCCAAUGGUCCAUAGAGAUGUGAAAAGUACCAAUAUAUUGUUAGGCGAAACUUUUGAAGCAAAACUUGCGGACUUUGGACUUUCAAGAUCUUUUCUAGUGGGAAGUAACACUCAUGUAUCAACAAAUGUUGCUGGCACUAUUGGAUAUCUUGAUCCCGAAUACUACCAAAAGAAUUGGUUAACGGAGAAGAGUGAUGUUUAUAGCUUUGGGAUAGUGUUACUGGAGAUUAUCACUGGCCAACCUGUGAUUGAACAAUCACGUGAAAAGCCUUACAUAGUAGAAUGGGCCAAGUCUAUGCUCGCAAAUGGUGAUAUUGAUAGUAUUGUGGAUCCGAAUCUCCAUCGAGGAUAUGACAAAAGUUCAUCUUGGAAAGCUCUUGAAUUAGCAAUGUCAUGCAUCAACCCUUCUUCCACGGAGAGACCAAACAUGACAAGGGUUGCUCAUGAACUCAACGAGUGUUUGGAAAUAUAUGAGAACUUAAGCAAAAGGAGCCAAGAUGCAAAUUCAACCAAUUCCAUGGGACAUGGCACAAGUUUCAUCAGUGAUACUCCUUCAGCUCGUUAAUCUUUUUAUCUAUAUGUUUGAAAGAUACUCUAUACACAGGUUGUGUUUAAGUCUGUAAAGUACACUUAAAUAUCUUCCAGUGGAUCGGGGAGAAACAAUCGAGAACAUACUUGUAGUACAAGAUUGCUUGCCUUCGCAUAAAGUCUAAUAGCUUUCUCUUUGUUAUUGUUUUCAGAAAGUUGCAAUGAAUUUAGUAUUUUUCAUUCAUACAUGCGAAAGCUAUUAUAGACUUCCUUUAUAAAUUAUAAGAAAUGUCAAGAAGGUAUAUGUACUUACAUUGGAAACUUUAACAUGAGUACGUAGGUUACUUGGUGCAGGCUCAGGUGGAUGUCCAAAGAUGUCGUCACCACUUAUCGCUUCCAUCUUAGCACUUGAUAUCGGUUUCUUUGCUCUCUAAGUCUGCCUUGGUUAGCAAGUUUACGCUCAGCUUUCAUUGCUUUGAAACCUCUGUUAGUAAAUAUGCCACUACUAGUCAUGUCUUUCAACCAAUUUGAAUCUGGAGCAGGACCAAGCCCAAUGAAACAUUGAUCUUUGACUCCCAAAAUUUUUGGAGCUUUUUUUAUAUAACCAUAGCCCACAAAUUAUUAUGAAAAAUUAAUAAGAAUUCUUAAAAAAAUGUUUAUAAUCCUCAAAUUCACAGAUCCCCGACCAUGCUUUCAACUUCUAACCUGAGCAAAUCAUCAUGUAAGAAAUAACAGUAAAUAAAUGUCCUCUUAAAGACUUGAAGAUCUUGAAACCAAGUGACCAACUUAU